AUGGAGGACACAUCUGAGGGCAGAAUUUGGGUCUUAGAGAAAUACGGAAUCAAAAUCCAAACUAUUAAUGCUUCCAGGCAGUGCAUUUCGAUCUUGGUAACUUAUGGCAACGACCCUCCCUUAAUGAAAUCAGUCGUCUAUGCUAGUUGUGAUAAGGAGCGGAGAAAGGAGCUGCGGGAUGAGUUGAGAAGGACCUCUAAUCUAGCUAAUGGCCCAUGGUUGGUUUGUGGGGAUUUCAACUCCACUGUAACUAUUGAAGAAAGGCUGGGAGGAGCCCCUUCCUUUACUGCAUCGAUGAGUGAUUUUUUAAAGGCCAUUAACGACUCAAGCCUACUAGAUGUUGGAUUUGCUUGGUCCAUCUUCACAUGGUGCAACAACAGAUCUGGCAAGGGGCACAAAUGGGUUAGACUCGACAGGAUGCUUAUCAACACUAGCUGGAUAAGCUCCCUCCCUAUGUUUAAAGCUAACCAUCUUACUAGGUCCUGUUUAGAUCAUUCCCCAGUCCUUAUGAGUUUUAAUGAUGACACAGUUGACUUCCCUCGCCCAUUCCAUUUUCAGCGGAUGUGGACAACCGACAAUGACUUCAAGAGGGUAGUCAAGGAAGCCUGGGAGAUAGAAGUAGCUACAACCCCCAUGUUCAAGGUCCUGAUCAAGAUGAAGCAGUUGAAAAUGGCCCUUAAAGAGUGGAACAAAACCAUUUUUGGUGAUGUGAACAGCAAUGUACAGAAGGCAGAGGAUGAGAUUGUUAAAGCUGAAACUGCCCUCCUCUCCUCCAACUCGGACGCUGACAUAGAGAGGUUGAAUUCAGCUCAGGCAAAUCUGAAAGUGGCGCUUCUUAGCAAGAGUUAUUUUGAAAGCAGAAAUCCAAGAUAA